AUGGCAUCAUAUCAGAGGUCGAGGUCUCCAUCGACCCCUUCAGAGGGUGAGAUCAUCGAGCCAGGCUCAGAGUUGAAGGCAAUCGCGUCAAAAUCUCCUCUUAAUGGCACCAGCGUUGACCGUCCCCCCAGAGAUAGAUACAAGCGUAGACGCGACGAAGAGCAUGAUCAGUACGAUAGUCGGCACGCCCGGGUCGAACCCUCCCGUCGCUAUGGGCCUCGGCACGACGAUAGAAAUGAUCGCGCGGCCCCACGCCGCCAGAACAAGACAUACCAUGACUUUGACAGGGAAGAGACCUACGGCGGUGGUCUGCAAUACACGGAUGAGUACGAUCGACGCCGAGAUAAGCGUCAACGUACCCGUAGCCGAUCUCCGUAUCGCGAAGUGAGGAAGCAGAAACAGUAUGAUGACUCGGAAUCCAAGGCGCAGCCAGCAAACCCCAAGAGACGUGGACCUUCAUCUAAUCAGGCAGUGAGCGAAGGAAAGCCCCCAGCUCGUUCUCGGGAUUCCAAGCUUAAUGCUGAAACCAAACCAAAGCAGAUGAAGCAGGAUCUUCCCACGCGUGUUCAUUUUGCUGAUGAACCCGAAACCCCCGCAUCAGAUGCCGUGGAGGAACCCGAUAUUUCUGAGCCGAUGGACGAAGCUGCUGCCGUGGAAGCUCGCCGAAAGCGUCGUGAGGCUAUCCGAGCCAAAUACCGAAGCCAAGCAACGCCCUUGCAUCUUAAAGCAGUACACGCAGGUGAAGUCGAAACAGAUUCAUCAACUCCUGGUGCGGAUGCCACCAGUGUCCAAGAUACAGCGGAAUCCCCACGAACUCCAAAUGACGGUUUCCCAGAUUUCAACAUCGGCCAAGAUACGGACUUGGUUAAUACCAAUGGGCCCCUUGACGAAGAUGAGCCUUCCGCUGCAGAUUACGACCCAACCAUGGACAUGAAAGAAGAGAGACAAAAACAUGACGGUAGUCAAAGUGUGAAGGGAGACAUUUCGUCCGCAACCUACGAUGAAACACAGACCGUAAAGCAGGACAUUCUCAUUCCCGAUACCCCCGUUGCCCAACCAGAAGCCCCAGCAAAGGAUCCAUAUGACAUGUUCGCAGAUGAUGACGACGAUGACAUGUUUGCCGAAGACAAAGACGAGCCUCCAACGCAUGCAUCAGCUUUGUCAGCCAUCCCCCAAGCCAAGGAACUCGAUAUCAGCAUGAUGGACAACUGGGAUGAUCCAGAAGGCUACUACAAUCUCCGCAUUGGAGAGUUGAUCAACGGUCGGUAUCAUGUUACCCAGAAUCUGGGCAAGGGUAUGUUUUCCUCCGUCGUACGAGCCACAGACGCCACAACAGGAGGCCUAGUAGCAAUCAAAAUCAUCCGCCAAAACGACACCAUGCGCAAAGCCGGAAUGAAAGAGAUUGGAAUCCUAGAACAACUCCACGAAGCGGACCCGGAAGACAAAAAACACCUUAUUAAAUUCCUCCGCUACUUCGAACACAAAGGACACUUGUGCAUGGUCUUUGAAAACCUAAGCAUGAACCUCCGCGAGGUGCUGAAGAAAUUCGGCCGCGACGUCGGACUUAACCUUCGCGCUAUCCGCGCCUACGCUCAUCAGAUGUUCCUGGGCCUAAGCCUGAUGCGCAAAUGUAACAUUCUCCAUGCAGAUCUCAAACCUGACAAUCUACUCGUUAACGAGCAACGAAAUGUCCUGAAGGUCUGCGAUUUGGGUUCCGCAUCUUCAUCAUCUGAUAACGAAAUCACCCCGUACCUCGUUAGUCGAUUCUAUCGUGCCCCUGAGAUCAUCCUGGGUAUUCCAUACGACUACGCGAUAGAUGUAUGGUCUAUCGGAUGUACGCUUUUCGAGCUAUACACAGGCAAAAUCCUCUUCACUGGCCGAAACAAUAACCAGAUGCUCAAGUCUAUCAUGGAGUGUCGGGGUAAAUACCCGCCUAAGCUCCUUCGGCGUGGAUCACUGGCUCAUCUGCACUUUGACGAUGGGCUUAAUUUCCAUAGCACGGAGGAAGACAAGAUUACUGGUCGUCCUGUUACUCGCAUAAUGGAUUUCAAGAAACCGACCCGUGACUUGAAAACGAGGUUGAUGGGUAAUGGGACGCGUGGAAUGUCUGAUGUUGAAGUUAAGGAGUUGACGCUCUUUGUGGACUUUUUGGAUCGGUGUUUGGGGUUGAAUCCUGAGAAACGGAUUACGCCUGCUGAUGCACUGAAACAUCCCUUCAUAGCACGGAAGAUAUAG